UGUGCAGGUAUAAACAGCCAAGAUUUGACAGUGAAGCAUCUUCAGUUGGAGUCCAGGUGAGUCCAGACAGUUUUCAUCAGGAUUUUUUAUCACUUCAGCAGAAAUCUGACGAUGAAGGUGGUCCCAGUCCUCUUCGUCCUCCUGUCCCCGUUGUUGGCCUGCGAUAAAAAGGAGUUGGUCCAGCCGACGGACUGCAGUGAGAUCAGUAAGCACGACAGCAACAAAGACAGCGGGGUGUACGUCAUCUACCCCCUGGGCGAGAGAUCUGCCGUCCAGGUUUACUGUGACAUGAAAGCACAUGGAGGGAGGUGGACGGUGAUCCAGACCAGGAUGGACGGCACACUGAACUUCUACAGGAACUACGAUCAGUACAAGUUGGGCUUUGGUGACGCUAAUGGAGAGUACUGGAUCGGUCUUGACAACAUCCAUUACCUGACGCGCCGUCAAAAGUACGAGCUGGCGGUCGACUUGGAAGACUUCAAUGGGAAGAAAGUGUCUGCUCACUACGCCUCGUUCUCUGUUGGUUCUGAAUGUACUGGAUACAAACUGACGGUAACUGGAUUCGUUAAUGGAGGGGCAGGAGACUCCCUGGGUUACUCAAACGGUGCAAGGUUCUCCACCUUCGACAGGGACCAGGAUACUACAAGUUCCAACUGUGCCAGAGCCUUAGUGGGGGCACACUGGUACAAAUCCUGUAGCCAUUCAAACCCCAACGGGGUUUAUCGCUGGGGUAAUGACAAGACCGUUGGUGCCAUUGGUGUUUUUUGGUACCACUGGAACGGUUACUACUACUCUGUGAAGUCCAUCAGCAUGAAGAUCCGUCCUGUGAUGUAGACCUCCAGGACGGUGUUCCAGCAGGUUCUUUCUCUUUCUGUCUGUGAUUUCUCAAAAGGCUCUAUUUUCCUGAAACUUGGCCCAAAUACGAUCUCCACAAACCAAGUGAACAUCUGAUAGAAGAAGGGUUUCUGUGGGAAGAGUCUGGGCAGAAUUAGAAAUAAGAAAACACUGACAUAAAGAGCUUUUGGUGUGAAGGUAUUAGAGUCUGAAGAACAUCAAACCACAGUGAAAAUCCACUAUGAACACCUGCCUUCAUCAUUGUCAUCAUCAUCAUCACCACCGGAGUCCAGCCCCAGUGGACUGGACCUGAACAAGGUCUUAAAUUUUGUUCAUAAUGCUUUUAAAACAUCUGAAGUUUCACCUGGUAAAACUUGCAGGAACCCUGUAGAUGUUUUCCUUUUGGUUUGUUUGUCUGGUCGGGAAAAUGAGCCUUUUAGUUUCACGUAGAUGAAUAGUUAACUGAUCCCGUUUCCUUCUUGACUCUCAGUCUGAGUGUGACUGUGUGUUAAUGAGCAGAUGCUGGUGUAAAGUCUGGUGUCAAACAGCUGUUGUUGUAGAGAAAUGAUUGGACGGGAGGAGUUUCCAUCAAAUGACACAUGUGGUGGACUCCUAUCAGAGCAAACAGCAGCUGUAACUCUGCUGUAAUGACCAUGUUCCACCACUAGAGGUCUGUGGUGUCAGCUCCAUCAGACUGCAGAUCCAAAGCACACAUGAACCUCAGACUGGGACAGGACCUUUGAAUCCUUAUCUGCUGUAUGAUGACAAUAAACCCUGAACAUGAAGCUGACCUGUUCUGAUAUUUAUGACA